ACAGAAUACCCGCUGGAGUUUAUACGGGAAAAUGCCGCCGGCAGCGAAGUGAGUGAGGACGGAGUGAGAGCUCUCAGUAAGGUCCCGCUUCUGGCACCCAUCCUUGGAGCGGAGGUGUAAAUUUGCCGUGGCGCUGUGACACAGACAGAAGACACCAGGAAGGGCCGUGUCAUCGGAAUGUUGGCUUUGCGAGCUCAGGGAAGACACAGCAGGGAACAGAACACGACAGAGAGUGCCUGAAAAUGACUGCGAAGAGGAACCUGUUUGUGCGCUUGGUGCCUUGCCGCUGCCUGCGGGGAGAGGAGGAAGCCGUCACCUCGCUUGACUACUCGCACUGCAGCCUGGAGCAGGUGCCCAAGGAGAUCUUCACAUUCGAGAAGACGCUGGAGGAGCUUUACUUGGAUGCCAAUCAAAUCGAAGAGCUUCCCAAGCAACUAUUCAACUGCCAGUCUCUGCACAAGCUGAGUUUGCCAGACAAUGACCUAACAAUUUUGCCAGCAUCUAUAGCAAAUCUCAUUAAUCUCAGGGAAUUAGAUGUCAGCAAGAAUGGUAUACAGGAGUUUCCAGAAAACAUAAAGAACUGUAAAGUUUUAACUAUUGUGGAAGCAAGCGUCAACCCGAUUUCAAAACUUCCCGAUGGAUUUUCGCAGCUGUUAAGCUUAACUCAGCUUUACCUAAACGAUGCAUUUCUUGACUUCUUGCCUGCAAAUUUUGGCAGAUUAACCAAGCUCCAGAUCUUAGAACUUCGGGAAAACCAGUUAAAAAUGUUACCAAAAACUAUGAAUAGACUGACUCUGCUCGAGAGACUGGAUCUGGGAAGUAACGAAUUCACAGAAGUGCCUGAAGUACUUGAACAGCUAAGCGGGCUGAAGGAAUUUUGGAUGGACGGCAACAGAUUGACAUAUGUCCCUGGGUUUCUUGGCAGUUUGAAGCAAUUGACCUACCUGGAUCUGUCCAAGAACAGCAUAGAGGUGAUGGAGGACGGGAUCUCCGGCUGUGAAAGCUUACAGGACCUGCUGCUCUCUAGCAAUGCGGUGCAGCAGCUUCCAGACACCAUCGGUGCACUCAAGAAAUUAACAACCCUGAAAGUGGAUGAAAACCAGUUAAUGUACCUACCGGACUCUGUUGGCGGACUCGUUUCCCUUGAAGAACUGGAUUGCAGUUUCAAUGAGAUUGAAGCAUUACCUUCCUCGAUCGGGCAGCUUUCUCAGAUACGGACAUUUGCUGCUGAUCAUAACUUCCUAACGCAGCUGCCUCCGGAGAUUGGUAGCUGGAAGAAUGCCACAGUGCUGUUUCUUCAUUCAAAUAAAUUGGAAUCUCUCCCGGAGGAAAUGGGCGAUAUGCAAAAACUCAAGGUCGUCAAUUUAAGUGAUAACAGACUAAAGAAUUUGCCCUUUACGUUCACAAGGCUGCAGCAACUCACAGCUAUGUGGCUGUCGGAUAAUCAGUCCAAGCCUCUUAUACCACUCCAGAAGGAAACAGAUCAAGACACACAGAAGAUUGUCCUGACCAACUACAUGUUCCCUCAACAGCCAAGAACAGAAGAAGUUAUUUUCUCUUCUGACAACGAGAGCUUUAAUCCGUCGUUGUGGGAAGAGCAGCGGAAGCAGAGGGCUCAGGUGGCCUUUGAAUGUGACGAAGACAAAGAUGAACGGGAGAUUCCAGCUCGGGAGGGCAACCUGAAGAGAUAUCCCACGCCGUAUCCCGAUGAGCUGAAGAACAUGGUAAAAACUGUCCAAACCAUCGUGCACAGGCUAAAAGAUGAAGAAAAAUUAGAAGAAGCAAACCGAGAGAUGAAGCUAAACGAGUGCCAGCCACUUACAAUGAGAGACGUCGGUGUGAAGACAUCAGAGGUUGUCCCUCUUAAAAAUGAUUACGAGGACAGGAAUAUAGUGGAAAACUGCGCCCAGAAGACAAGUGAAUCUGAAACCGAGACUGACGUUGGAAAUUCAGAGUCGACCACUCUCGUUAAAAAUUUGUGGAACACAAAAACCGUUGUCAACCAUGAAGAUACGUUUGAGCAGGAGUCUGAAGACCUGUCUUACGAUGAAGAAAUGAAAAUGGCUGAGAUGCGACCUCCGCUGAUAGAGACUUCAAUCAAUCAACCGAAAGUGGUGGCACUGGGAAAUAAUAAAAAAGAUGAUGUUAAAGAUGCAGACUCUUUGUCUGACGAAGUGACCCACAACAGCAAUCAGAACAACAGCAACUGCUCCUCGCCAUCCCGGAUGUCAGAUUCUGUCUCUUUAAACACAGAGAGCAGCCACGACACAUCACUCUGCUCACCUGAAAAGGAGUCCAACAUUGCCAUGAAUCUCAAAAUCAGGCAAGAAGAUGAAAAUUUUAACAACCUUUUGCAUAAUGGAGGAAAACUAGUCACAGUUGGAGAAAGUGAGAGAACUAAAAUCCCAGAUGGAAAAGACAGGAUAAUAACCAACGCCGAUAAAUCCCAGAACUUAAAUCAAAUUAAUAAAAACAUUUGCAGCAUCUCCAGUGAAGAUGUGAUACAUCACAGCGCCCGGGGAGGAUCACUGAUUUCCCAGGAAGCUGAAUCGGAUAAGGACUUUACAAAUUAUAAAGAAAAGGUCGAGGCGGAACUCUUUGAGAACAGGAGUAAGUACUCUGGUAUAUGCGAUAUGAAUAAAAUCAAUGGGCAUUCAUUGGAUGAACCCAUGUCUCCAGACACAAGUGAUCCUGCCAGGAGCACGUCAGAAGAUUCAGUGCCUUCUUAUGACUUGUGUGUUUCAAAGAGUACGGACGAUCUGUCAUCCCCUCUAGGAGAUUCUGUGGGCUCGGUUGCAAAGUCUCAGAGUACUACUAAUAUCAAGACUGGAGCGCUAAGGAUUUACGAUAUCCUCAGUGAACCGGGUUCUCAGCAGCAGGCAUCUCAGGGGAAACCUGUCAAUUCUGGCCCUGAAGGACAAAACAUUGUCCGGAGUAAGUCGGCUACCCUUCUUUAUGAUCAGUCAUUGCAAGUGUUCACUGGCUCAUCUUCAUCUUCCGAUCUGGUCUCUUCCACAAAGAAAACUGUUUUCAAAUUUGAUUCUAACCACAAUCCUGAAGGGAUGUACCAAGCGCGAGGCCCAUCAGGCUCUCAAAUGACUGCUGUGCCUCAAUAUAACGUUCAGUACAGCAGCAACGCCACAACCAAAGACAAUCUAUGGUCGCAGAAACAAAAUACCCCUAUUGAGCAAGGUAGCUUGCCACCACCACCUCGUUUGCAUAUGUCAGAGAGCGUUGAUAGUCCCACCUAUGUGAAACAUUCUGCAAACAUGAACUUUUCCAAUCAUAACAACGUAAGAUCAAGUACUAUGUACAAUAUGCAUCAGAGAAUGGGGCCAAGACACGUGGAGAUGUGGGCUGUGUCUCCAAAUGACCGCGUUCUCCAAAGCCGUAACACUCUUCAGCGACAGGGCAGCGUCUCCUCAAAUGCUUCUGUUUCGCUGGGGGAUGUAGGACCUGCAAGGCGAGUGCUUGUGCCGGAGGGGGAUUAUAUGACCUACAGAGAGCUACAUACGAUCGGCCGGGCUGCUCACGUGAUGCCAGGUCCCCAAAGACCAAUGUCUGCCAGGACUUACAGCACCGAUGGGCCAAACGUUCCCAGGCCACAAAGCGCACGGCCUUCUGUUAACGAUAUUCCCGAGAGAACGAUGUCUGUCAGCGAUUUUAACUACUCCAGGACUAGCCCGACAAAAAAAACAAACUCUAGGGUCAAUUCUGAACACUCAUUACUGGAGCCACCAGGGAGAGGUAAAGUCCCUCACGACUGGAGGGAGCAGGUACUACGGCACAUUGAGGCAAAAAAACUAGAAAAGAGCAUGCUCUCCAGGUCCUUUAAUUCCACUUACAGUGCAGCCAGCAGCUCUCUCUAUGGCAGCUCUAGAGAUCUGCAUGGCAGCCAGGGCAGUGUUGCCUUAAGUGUUGCUGACAGAAGAGGUUCUGGUGCACAAAUGCUUCGUCACCCGCAGGCUGGCAGCACCGGAGAGCCGAGUCAAGACGAGGUUUUUGUUUCUGGGCAGCAGAAUUACUCGACCCUGGUCCGCAAGGAAGGCGCUACGGAUGGCAUGAAGAAGAUGCAUAUAAGCAAUGGUCAGAUGUGCCAGCCUACAAGGCCUCAAGCCUCCUAUGGUCCACUUCAUCAUCACCCACCGGUCCAGCCAGCUAUGAUCCGUAUAAGACUUCUAAAAGAUCCUGAGCUUGGAUUUAGUAUAUCAGGAGGUGUUGGUGGUAGAGGAAAUCCAUUCAGACCUGGAGAUGAUGGUAUAUUUGUAACAAGAGUUCAGCCAGAAGGUCCAGCAUCGAAACUGCUGCAGCCUGGGGAUAAAAUAAUCCAGGCUAACGGUUACAGCUUCAUCAAUAUUGACCAUGGACAAGCCGUCUCGUUGCUUAAAAAGUUCCAGAAUGCCGUGGAACUGAUUGUUUUACGAGACAACUCUGUGUAAAAGCAGAAUUUAUCGAGGAGGAGGGAAUCUGGAAGCCAGCACGUUGUUCAGAGACUUAACUAGCAUCAAAACUAUUUUUCUAUGUAUAUAUGUCAAAGCAACUUGAAACAAAAAACAUACAUGUAGAUUUUGGUAAAACUGUACAGAAGAGAUUUGUCCGACUUUGUGGUUUUAAAGGAAAAGACCACUGCAGAGAAAGUGAAAACCAGCGUGUCAAUCAUUUGAUCGGUCUUGCAGAUGAGAGCAAACCUGUGUUUCUUUUGUACAGAAUGUAGGUUUAUUUUUGGAUAACAUGCAUAUUUACUAAACUCUGUGUAUAUGAGCCUCAACCGUAGCAAGCAGGCAGAUGGCAGAAUUGUUUACUGUAGUUAUUCUUGCCUUGCUUUCUCUACACCUGGCAUCACUGUUGUCAUCAGAAAAACCACUAAUGUAGAUGUAGAUAGGAAAUAGGAGAGUUUGGCUUUGCGAUACGCACGUGUUUUAGACAAACGGAUGAGCAAGUAGCUUUGUUGGGUGUGCCAGAUAACUUAAAACUGAUCAUGAAUGAUUAACAACGCAGGAAAUAAUGAGGGAUGUCUAAAAUUUAUUUUUGUUUUCUUUUAAGGCACCAAUUGCAUUUUUGUAUUAAGAAUUAAUUUUUCAACACCAAAAGUGGUUUGAUACAUGAAGCAUAUAUUUUUUUGCUGCACACGUGUUCGUUGUACCAAGAGGUCAUUUUUUUUUUAUUUUUUUUUU